CAGAUGUGCAUCUCGCAGAAUAUUCUUUGCAGACUGCAACCGCACCCAGGGCCAUGGCAGGCGCCAUGGCGCAUCAGCACGGGGCUGGUUCUUCAGACAGCACCGAGCCAACCAUGAAGAAGGAUGAUGAAUUCGAAAAGGAGCUUGCUUCACAAGCCGAUGAGCUGCGGUGGCCUUCCCCGCCCGCUCGAAGACCAGUCUUAGACCUUCCAAAGACACCGCCGAAGGUCCAGAUGGCCCGGGAUUCGACCACCUACUUUGAGGCUUUGAAGGGCAGGGCAGCGUCCAAUCAGCUCACGAACUCGCCGUCUGAUGGGGCCGAUGUGCGGUGGUUCUUCAGCAAGAAAGCACUGAGAGAUGAUCAGGCUGCGGCCCUGGUGCCGUCCACAGAGGCUGCGCUGAAAGGCGAAUGGCUGCGCUUUGGCACGUUGGAUUCUGCGGCGCUCGAGGCCGCCUACCGGCAACAAGAGGAGAUGCUGCUUUCGUGCUGGUGGCGCGAGUUUGCUGAGGUCAGCAUCGGGCCUCAGCUAAAAGACCGGGAGCGCCUCGAGCGGGGGGCGGGCGCCACCACACAGGGCAGCCCGCAGGCAUCCCCCCUGAAGGCAGCCCCAAGAAAGAUUGCGAAAGCGGCCCAAAGCCCAGCCCCCGCUGGAAAGAGACUUCAGGAAGAUCUAGCAGGAGCCAGCCCCUUGAAGGAGCCUCCCAGCAACAAAGCCGCCCCUGCCGCACAGGAGCGACCUCCGAACACCGACCUUGGAAAGAAAGAACAGUUGCCCCCCAUUCCAAUCGAGACUGACGCUGAGCAAGCCCAGGAGAGCUUCUUUUCCAAGGUAUCCUCGUACCUCCCGUCCUUUCGAUCGCAAUCGGGGCCUUUGGGCCAGUCGCCAAGCAAGCCACAGCCAUCGGAAAAGCCGGCCAAAAACGAGGGGGAGAAGGCGGGGUUGGACGAAAUAAAGGUCGACAAAGAACUGACGGAGAAUAGUCUCUCGGAAGGUGGGACAGCUGGCAAAGAAGGUGGCACUGGUAAAGGGGACUCCAGCACGAGAGGCGAAGAAGACACAGCGACUGAAGCGUCAACUUCAGUGGGGCAGCCGGGCGACGUGGAAGCAGCUCACGCAGAAAAGUUGGCGGCAGAACUCAAAGCAGCAGCAGAAAUCUCGUCAGCCGAGGGGUCUAGACGUAUCUCGGACGCUGCCCCGCUGACCGAAGUCUCUGACGCUGCGACAGUCGACGCGGACAGCUCGCAAGCUGGCAGCGUUCCGGAGCCCCCAAAAAGCACGGCUUCCGAGAGCGACGAUUCGUCGGAGAUCGGGAUCCAGGUGAAGGGCGGGUUAUACGAGUGCUUUCUCGAGAAGCGAAAGCUGUCGGCAAUCUUUUGGAAGGCCGGGCAUAGAAGGAUCCUGCGGGGGUCGUGGUUCGCGCAGCCACGGAAAACGAAAGACUGGCUGCCGUUGCGGGAAGAUAUCGCGGAGCAGCUCGAGAUCGCGUACCGUGGGCAGGUGUGGCGCCGGCGCAGCUUCCUGCCGAACGGGAUGUACGCGCACCGGGUCAACAUUGCGGGGCCGUCGCUGGGCCUGUACGCGCUGUUCACGGGCGAGGAUGACACGUGGGAGGCGUGGUUGGGCGUGGACGGCUCUGGCGUCAUCUCGCGCAUGUUCAGCGCGGGCCAUCCGACGACGCGGCUGCGGCGGGGUUUCCGGGACGAGGGCGCACCGGUGGGGCAGGAGGAGCACUUGGUGUUCAUGGUGCACGGCAUCGGGCAGCGGCUGGAGCGCGCCAACAUCGUGGACGACGCGCACAAGUUCCAGGCCGUCUCGGACGCCAUGCUCGACCAGUUCCUUAAGCCGCACCAGCGGCAGGCGCAGCGCGUGCUCUUCAUCCCCUGCCAGGUCACGCAGUUGCUCUGCUUCCUGCAGUGGCGCAAGAUGCUACAGCUGGGUGACGACUGGGACCUCUGCUCCUGGCGCAAGAUCUUGCAAUUAGGCGGCGAGAAUAUAAUCGACGACAUCACGAUGGAGGGCAUCCGCGGCAUUCGCCAGAUCGUAAACGCGACGGUUCUGGACGUGCUGUAUUACAUGAGCCCAGUCUACUGCCAGGACAUCGUCAACUCCGUCUGCCGCUCGCUCAACCGCCAGUACGCGCGCUUCCGCCGGCGGAACCCCGGCUUCGACGGCCAGGUGCACAUUUUUGGGCACUCCCUCGGGUCCGUACUCAGUUACGACAUCCUGUGUCACCAGCCGAAGCCCUUCCUCACCGAUCUGCAUGCGCGGCUCCUCGCGUCGGCCGCUCCUGCCAAACCCGCCAGCACCGCGGGCGGGGCGCUCAGCCGCAUCCCCGAGGAUCCCGCGGGGGAUCCCCCGGCGGCUGUCGGCGGAAGCGGUGCUGAUGUCGGUGGAAGCGGUGCUGACGUCAGCGGGGAAGGCUGGGGCGUCAGAGGGGGGGCCGCUGACGUCAGCCAGAAGGGCACGGAGGGAGGUGGGGAGAAGGGCGGAGCGGUUGAUGGGGAAGGUGUAGAAGGCAGCGGGGUCGGGGUGAAACUUAGUGGGGAAGGGGAGAGUAAUAAAGAGUUCGCAGAAAGCGUCGGGAGAGGGUGGGAAAUAGGUGACGUGAUUGAGAAAGUUGGGGCGCUGGUUGGCCUGGAAAACGAAGACAUUGGUGGAAUCGCAACGGCAGAGGCGGAGUCUGGGGCUAAAGAACGAAGGCAGGACACGGGUUUGACCCCCAGAUCAAACGUCACACGAAACGAGGGUGGACGAGGGGAGACGAGAAAUCACGAGGGUAUAGAAAGAGAGAGGGAGAGAGACGGCGGUAAAGAUGACGUGGCAGGCAAGGGGGCUGGUGAAACUGCGGGGGAGGAGGAUACGGAUAUGGCGCAAGAAGGAGGCGAGGAGAAAUAUAAGGGAAGGGGGUUUGAAGAGGAAAUGCAGGAGAACCGGAGCGAGCAAGGAACGAGAGCGGAGGGAAAUGAAGGCCCCCCUCCAGAUGCCGAGCGAGGGGACUCUGGUACGGGUGCGGAAAGAGCAGAACACGACUCGGGGGUUCCGGUUCGGAUUAAUGAGCCGACCAGCGAAUUGACGUCUGCGGAGGCUGGAGCGGAGAGAGUGGAACAGGGAGAGGAAACGGGAGUUUCGAAAAGGGGGGGAGUUUUGGGCGAGCAAACCAUUCCCCCGGCUAGCCGCAGUAUAGACAAGGUAGCCGUAGAAGAGCAGCCGACCCCUGGCGCGUCCGAAGAAUCCGGAUUGGAUGUGCUGGACAUGCGACUGGCAGAAGCGGCGGGAAUGCUUGAAGGGGGGGGUGAUGACACUGGCAGCGGACCCCCCCGGAACGAGAGCAGCGACGCGGAGCUGGCGGCGCUGAGAGCGGAGGUGGCCAUUCUGCGGGAGAAGCUGAGGAGAUGGGAAAGUUCGCAGGGAAACGAGGCUGUUGAAAAACCCGAUUCUGAGAUAGAAAUUGCGAAUGGAGAGGCAGAUGGGUCCAAGCGCGCUCUUUCUUUUGCCGAGAAGCUCGCGGCGGUCAGCGGUGAGGGCACUGAAGAUUCGGCCAGCGGAAUGGGAAAGGACACGGGUGAUGAUCGGUCUUCCUUGCCGGAACGAGCAGACGCAAAUGCGGGCCGAGCCCAUCGUGACGUCAGCCAGCCCUCUGGUGACGCAAGCGAGGGGUCCGGAGGGGAGCCCAGGUCCGAUGUGCAAACGUCAGAACGUCCAAGCGGCGCAGAGGCGCGCGCCACGCAGCCCGCGAGUAUAGGUGCGAAAAGCACGGCGAGUGUAGAUGCGCCCCGUUAUUCUAGCGUACAUAUACCUGAGUCCCCGGCAGAGAUCCAAGAGGCGCUCCGCUCUGCUGCAGCGGAACCGGAACGUCCUGUUAGCCGCCCGCUCCUCAUUUCGACCCCGUCUGUCGACGUGAGACUGGACGAUCUCAAGAGCACGCUCGACGCAGAGGUUCUGCGCAAGCGCGGCCCGCACGCGUUCGUCCACUACCCGCGCCUCGCGUUCGAGGUGGACACGUUUUUCGCCGUGGGCUCGCCACUUGGCAUGUUCCUAGCGCUCCGCAACAUCGAGUUCGGGAGCGCGACGCGGGGCGAGAAUAUGGACCUCAAGAAACUGGAGGAGAGCAUGCCGGCUGCGCGUCACAUGGUCAACAUUUUCCACCCAUACGACCCCGUCGCGUAUAGGAUCGAGCCCCUGGUGUCAAAGGACUUCGUCGCCCGGCGCCCCGUCUUCAUCCCAUACCACCGCGGGGGGCAGCGCCUCCACAUCGGGAUGCAGCAGCUGCGCGAUGACCUCAGCGCGCGCUCGCGCGCGCUCCAGAAUGACAUCAUCAGCUCGCUGUCAAGCAUGAAGACCAAGAUCGCGUCCACGUUCGGGGGGGCAGACCAGGCCAGCGCGGCAGAGUCGGAGGAGGGGGGGGACGAAGUGAGCCAGCACACGGCGCUCGUAAUGGAGCGGGUGACCGGGAGCAAGCACGGGCGGAUCGACUUCAUGCUCCAGGACGCCACGUUCGAGCACCCGUACAUCUCGGCGCUCAGUUCGCACACCGCCUACUGGAAAGACGAGGACACGGCGCUUUUCGUCACCCGCCACCUGUACCGCAACGUCCCGGAAGCGCCCCCCGGGCAAGCUAACCCAGUCAAACCGGGGGAAGCUAACCCGGUCAUUGCCGGAGAAGCUGACCCAGUUAACGCUGGGGAUUCUGACCCGGUUAACGUAAAGGAUAACGGGGAGCUGACGCCAGAAAAAGGAACGGGGGGAGAUCCUGGGGACAGAAAAGGGCCACGCUCUCGGCAAGGCUCGACCGGGAAUCUUAGUGGGUUGAAGCGUUCGCUUUCUGUGGGUGACCAAUUAGCCAAGGAAGACGAUUUGGGGGGGAGUUCUCUGGGGAGCUUGUUCUGGGGGGGAGGGGGGCGGAGGUCUGGGCUGGAAGGGGUCCCCACGGAGUUCGAUACCUGGAUUGCGGACGACGAGACGGGGCUGUUUUACAUGCCGGGGGGGUCCACGCCGUCGAAAUCAAAAGUAUCGGGGUUUAGACAGGAAGAUACGUCCGAGUCGGAGAGCGAGGAGGCGAUGCGGGGCGUUCGACAACUCGCCGAACGAGAGCGCUGAUUGCGGGGCUGAUGAGAGCGGCGGGGCAGAUUUGCGUGGCCGAACUCUCCGAGUAAGAUGUACAUGCGUAGAGCUAAAGCGGAGAACCUUUUUUUGCAGAUCGGGCAAACAGAAGAAGGCCGCCGUUAUGAAAAUGGUUACCAGGUGUGGAGGACGUCAGCAAAAAUAGUGUGCUCCGCAUAGACAUGGAUCCUUUUAUCAGAGACAACAAUCACGAAUAUAAGCCGGUCCUACAUUGGAAUUAAAGGUUUAUCAUGCAACCAAGACGUACUCUCCGCAGCCCAGAUUCAUUGACGACAUACUAUAGGGUGGCGGACGUUGUAGGUGGCCGGGCCGCCCGAUGCACC